UACGUUACUACAAUAUUACUAUUCUUUGAAAACGACACGCUUCGUUCGUCGGUUCCUCUCCCCCAUAUUCCCCCCCCUCUCUCUCUACCAGAAUUAUACCCAACCGAUACAAUUUCUCUCUCUAUACAUACAUUUGUAUCUAUAGAUAUAUGUAUUUGUAUCUACAGUGUGUGUUGUGUGUAUACGUAAUUUAACAGUACUUCAAUUCAAUUGACGUUUUCACGAGAAUUGAGUUUCUAGAAAGAGAAACAAACGGACGGACGGAGUGAUCUGAAAGUAACUCCAGCUGUUAAUCCACCGGCCACGGCGUUUCUACGUGAAUUAUAUAUAUAUUUCUCUAUGUGACUGUACACGUGGCAUAUGUGUAUAUAUAUAUAAUAUAUAUAUAUACACACACACAACUACAGAGAGAGAAAAAAAGUGAUUAUUGCUGAGUGAUCGAUCACCGAAGGAUUUUGAAUGCUGCAGUUUUUUGGAGAGUAUCUGCCGAUUGAAUUCUGAAGCCCUAGAAGAACAAUGCCAGAAAUAGUUAUGAUUGACGAAGAUGAAAGGGGGAAAAGAUCUGAUCACGAGAUGAUUUUCGAGGAUGAGAAUAGAAAACGACGAUUGAGAUCGUUGAGAAGAAAGGCAGUGAAUGGUUCAACAAGAAUUAAACAAACUUUAAGGAAACGCAGCAAGAGGGUGGUGCAUUGCCAAUUCGCCUCGUUUUCGACAGAAGAGUUUCUAGAUGAAGGGGAAGAGAAGGCAGUGUGUGAAUUUCGUCAGAUUUUGAUUGAACGAGACCUGCUUCCGGCUAAGCACGAUGAUUACCAUAUUCUAUUGAGAUUCUUGAAAGCUAGGAAGUUUGACCUUGAGAAAGCGAUCCAUAUGUGGGUAGAAAUGUUGAAAUGGAGGAAAGAGAAUGGAGUAGACUCUAUUAUUCAGGAUUUUCUGUAUGACGAAUUUGAAGAAGUUCAACGCUAUUAUCCUCAUGGUUACCAUGGUGUGGAUAAAGAAGGGCGACCAGUGUACAUCGAAAGACUUGGCAAACUAGAACCUAGCAAGCUGAUGAGUGUCACCACUGCCGAUAGGUUUUUAAAGUAUCAUAUUCAGGGUUUCGAAAAGACUUUUGCAGAAAAGUUUCCAGCAUGUUCAAUUGCAGCCAAGCGACAUAUUGAUUCGACCACCACAAUUCUGGACGUACAUGGACUGAACUGGAUGAGUUUCGGUAAGGUAGCACAUGAUCUCGUAAUGCGAAUGCAGAGAAUAGACGGAAACAACUAUCCUGAGACAUUGCAUCAUAUGUUCAUAGUUAAUGCUGGUAGUGGAUUUAAGUGUCUAUGGAGUUGGGCAAAAGGCUUUCUUGAUCCAAGGACCACAGAGAAAAUACAUGUUUUAGGGACGAACUUCCAGAAUAAGCUAUUGGAGGUCGUAGAUGCUAGUCAGUUGCCAGAUUUUCUUGGUGGAUCCUGCUCAUGCCCUGAUCAACGUGGGUGUCUUAGAUCUGACAAGGGACCAUGGAACAGUCCAGAACUGAUUAAGCUGGUACACGCGUUGAAUCAUGAUGAAUUAAUGUAUCCUAGAAAGAUAACCAGCUUCUCAGACAACGAUGAUUUAGAAAUCAAGUUAAUAGAUUCUAAGAAUCGAAGUAGUGAAUUUUUCCCAGAUAGCUUCUCUGACAGUGAUGAUUUUGAGAUCAAGCUAAUCGAUUUGAAGGACUCGAGGGGUAAAACUGCUUCCACUUAUUCUUCGAGACCCUCAUCUCACCGCACCAUGGAAGCAACAGCAGGUUGCAGUAAUGAGAGAGUGACAAGAUCGGAACCAUAUAAUAUUGAGGCAGUCGAUACUCAUUGUACAUCAAAUUUGACGAGGCUGACAAAGCGAUCAAUCUCAACCAUAGCCACAGAUGUGCUGAUCAGAUUACUUGCAUUCAUAUAUUUUUUGCUUUCUUGGAUGGUUCGAAUUUUUUUCAAUACGGGAAAUGCUGAGAUAACAGAAGAAAUCCAGUCGCCAAAUUCAAAUUCUCCGGAUGAACAAAAAACACGAUCAAAUACAGAGGAGCUUCUCCACCCAUGUUGCAAGAAGUUGCAGCAUUUGGAGGAUUUGGUAACUGAGCUGUGCAAAAAACCUGCAAAGAUUCCACCAGAGAAAGAUGAUAUACUUCUCGAGUCUAUGAGCCGCAUAAAAUCAAUCGAGUACGAUUUGCAAAAGACCAAAAAAGCGUUGCUCGCUACAGCAUCAAAACAAGUGGAACUUUCCGAGUCUUUGGACACUCUGAAAGAGAUCAAAUUAAAAGCGUCAAGAAGUUGUUGGUUACGAAGUAGCAAGUCUCUACCCCGACGAACCUAACAUUUCAUUGAGCUUGUUUUCACCGGACAAAUACAUAGUUUUUUUCUCAAUAUUUUCGAUGUCAUUUGAGAUUAUUUUUUUCCAACCGAUAUCAUUCUUGAGGUAUGAAAUUAUGUUUGGAGGUGGGAUGUGAUUCUGUGAAGACUUCAUUAGGAGACUUCAUUAGGGUAUAUAGAUAGUACAAAUGAUUUCUCCAUUUUUGCAAUUGAGUCAAGGAGUUUGAAGAACACACUUAAUAUAAUCAUCCAUUUUAUAUUUUUUCUCCCCUU